CCCUGAGAUUUCCACCGCUCGAAUCGCCAGCCUGGCACGGAACUCGCAGCGCCUGAACCGACUAAACCUAAACCUGAUACUGAACAUGAAAGUCACCCAAGAUGUUCCUUAGUUAUCGGGCGCCGAGUCCGCGUCUAGUUCGUGCCUGUCUUCCUCCGGCAUGGCGCGCCUACACCUCUUUCCCACGCCGGCGCGUUCCACUCCAACCCAUCACCUUCACGACAAUGGCUCAACCAAAUUUCCGUCCCUUCUCAACACACGUCCAAAAGGAGGUAGAAGACUUUCAUGCUCUCCACCCCCGCACCGAUCGCACCAUUGAAGAAGCCCUCAAACACUACAGGCUGUGUCAAUGCGGCUUCGUCAUCUUUCGCUGUACCUACCGCUCCCAGUACAAGUGGGACAAGUUCGUCGCCCUCGUCAAGGGCCACGCCCGCGAGUACUGUGAGAAGUGGGAGGUGGAGAGCGCCCGUGACUGCCUGCGCUGGACAAUUAUCGAGGACGCUGCGGCCCUGGACGACGCCGACAUUCUGGAGACCAGUCACCGGUUCAAGGACUGGGUGGAACGGGGCCCGGGAAGCCAGGAGAUUCAGGGCAGUGCGUAUUCACCCUUGUGGCAUCCUGAUUGUCCAAGGUAUAACUGGUUUGUGCACGUGGAUGAGGAGAGUUUGGAGAGUGUGGUGGACGAUGUGAAGGCAAAGGAGAAGGAUGGAUAUUUUUGCAAGGUUGUAUAUGCGGACCAGGUCUUGUUGCUGGAACGAGAGCGGGAAAAGCUUCAUCCGUGGAAGGUGAUUCAAGAUGCGGAAUGUGAGAAGCAGUGCAAGAAUGAGUUAGCGGCCGCCCUCGCAUCCGCCACCGGCGAGGAACGCGCUAGGCUGAGAAUGAAGGCAACACUGCGGCAAGACAGGUUCUCUAGGGAGUCAGCCGACGACCCCGACGUCGUGGAGGAGAAUUUGUCGGACCUAAGAAAGCGGGUAAGGAUCGAUAUACUUGUUGAUUUGUAUGCGGAGCUGUAACGUUGCCUUGAUUUGGGAUGGUACCAUUUUCCUUUAGAUGGAGGAGAGAUCGUGCGUGAAAUUUGGUAGAAAAGGGAAAGUCUUAUUUUUCGAGAAGAGUAAGUUACUUGGUAUUCA